AUGGGGACCCCACCUGAGCAGGCUGGGGAGCGGGGCUCCGACGGCCGGGCCCUCUCGGUGCCAAUUGAGGCUUCGUUGGACCCCGCACCCGCGCUACCCGCAGCGUCCUCCCGGAACCCAGGCUGCACCCACGUGUACAGCUACGUGUUUGGACACGUGAGUGGAAACGAGUUACGACACGUCCCCACCCAGCAGGUGCUGGACACGGGAGAGCAGCUCAUGGUGCCUGUGGACGUCCUGCAAGUGGACAAUGCGGGCGCCCUCUGGAAGUUUCUGCUCUCGGGGGCCAUGGCCGGGGCAGUGUCCCGCACGGGAACGGCCCCCCUGGACCGUGCCAAAGUGUACAUGCAGGUCUACGCCUCCAGGACGAACCUCACCAGCGUGCUGGGUGGGCUCCGGAGCUUGGUGCACGAGGGGGGCGUCCUCUCCCUCUGGCGGGGCAACGGUAUCAACGUGCUCAAGAUCGCGCCCGAGUACGCCAUCAAGUUCUCUGUCUUCGAGCAGUGUAAGAAUUACUUCUGCGGAGUGCACGGGUCCCCGCCCUUCCAGGAGCGCCUCCUGGCGGGCUCCCUGGCGGUGGCGACCUCCCAGACGCUCAUCAACCCCAUGGAGGUGCUGAAGACCAGGCUGACCCUUCGCAGGACGGGCCAGUACGCAGGGCUGCUGGACUGUGCCCGGCAGAUCCUGAAGCACGAGGGCACGCGGGCCCUGUACCGCGGUUACCUGCCCAAUAUGCUGGGCAUCAUCCCCUACGCCUGCACGGAUCUGGCCGUCUACGAGAUGCUCCGGACUUUGUGGCUGAAAUGGGGCAGGGACAUGGAGGACCCGAGCGGCCUGGUCAGUCUGUCCUCGGUGACCUUGUCCACGACGUGCGGCCAGAUGGCCAGUUAUCCGCUGACCCUGGUGCGCACCCGGAUGCAGGCUCAAGACACUCUGGAAGGCUCGAACCCUACCAUGCGGGGUGUCUUCCAGCGGAUCCUGGCCCAGCAGGGGUGGCCGGGCCUGUACCGAGGCAUGACCCCCACCUUACUGAAGGUCCUGCCAGCUGGUGGCAUCAGCUGCGUGGUAUAUGAAGCAAUGAAGAAGACCCUGGCCGUCCAGGCAGGGCGCUAAGUGACAUCCGCGGAGCGGGCCCGGACCGGCCAGAGCCCGUAUCCCGU